UAUUUUUGACAAGUGGCAUUUGGACUACAGCGCUCGGAUAAGAAGCACUAUGUGGUCAGUUUUUCUCCUGUGUUUGGUCGGGUUUUCCCAGCACGCCCCAGCGGCUGUUGUUCCAGGGAUUUUCCAAGGCCCUCAGUACGCAUGCCCCGGGGUGAUGUGUGAUGUCUGGUGCCCGUUCGGUCAUGUGCAAGACGACAAUGGAUGUGACACUUGCGCCUGUAACAACGCCCCCCAGUCGCUAUGCACCCCCGUGAUGUGUGACAUGUACUGCCCCAACGGCUGGGCGCAAGACGAAAACGGAUGUGACGUCUGCAGCUGUGACGACACCCCACAGCCGCUAUGCAGCCCCGUGAUGUGUGAGAUGUACUGUCCCAAUGGCUGGGCGCAGGACGAGAACGGAUGUGACGUCUGCAGCUGUGACGUCUCCGGAUCAAAGUGCCCGCCGCUGCCGUGUGACGUCUGGUGUCCCUACGGUCACGUGCAGGACGACAACGGUUGCGACACUUGCAUGUGCAACGAGGCGCCAGUGUGCCCAGACGUCAUGUGCGGCCUCUGGUGUCCGAACGGAGUACUGCAGGACGAGAAUGGUUGCGACACCUGCCGCUGCGACUGGGACGGGCUGAUGGUCGGGUAGGCUGUGUCACGUGACCUCUGACGUGGAGUAACCAUGGUGACCAGCACCGGGUUAUCGACUUUCACAUCAGCUGAAAACUUCUACGUAAUAAACGGUCUAUCACUCA